AAAUCUUACGUAUGAAUGGUCAAAGCAAUCAAAAUACAACAAGAUAUAAUCGUAAGCAGCUAUAGCGGACUGAACCGAAACAGAAAGUAGAGCAAAUCUUGUUUCUUUGCCCUAGAAACCCUGUGGUCGAGGCGCAUUUCGCAUUCGUUCUAAAAACAAGUGCAAACAUCGGGGCAUAUCGAGUCAUUGUAUACGUAUUUUUGAAAUAUUUUAUUAAGCGCAACCUCGGAUGAAAAACAUUUAUUAUAAUUCUUUGGUCUACACAGUGGAUGUGGGGCAGUUCGCGGAACCCGCCGCGGAUGUUUUAUUUUUUUCCUUAUUGACUGUGGUUGUGGAAUCACAGCGUUGUUUGAAGACUCCAGAAUAUAAAUGUUACAUGUUAAGUGCUACCAUAGAAUCUGACAGAGUGCUUUGAUGUGACGACUGCAACUUUAGUCGGCUUGUCCAAAUGAUUUUGGGGAUUAACCUUUCCUGCAUUUUGUGUUAUCAACCAUUAACCAAUUAAGCCAAUCCAGCUCUUGUAAACAGGCAAAACAUCUAAAUGGAGAUAGCAUGUGCCAGAUCAGAACCCAUUACUAACAAUUGUUGAACAAGUGCAAUACGUUUGUACCACCAGCUACAUCACUUAGACUGCCAAUCAGGAUGAGAGAGGAAGAGUGGAGGAAGAUUAAAUCCUGUUAUAAAAGGUUAAUAGCUGAGCUCGACCUCAAAAGUGGAGCACCUUCUAUCAUUGACAGUCUGUAUUCAGAUGAUGUUCUGACACAUUAUGACAAGAAUACCCUGGAAGAUAUCACGGUUCCUGAAGACAAAAACAGACGUCUACUUGAUAUUCUUCACACCAAAGAUGAUGGUGCCUACCGUAGUUUUGUUGAAGCAGUACGCAAAAUCCAGCCACAUAUAUCCGAAAUGCUACAACCCCCAGGAUUUCCUCGAGGAAGACAUGGUGCAAGGCCAGCAGUUCCACUGGCAGCUGCAAGACACUUGAAGAGUUUUUCACUUGAAGAACUUCAGAAAUGGUUUCAGCAAAUCUUAGAGCAAGAAAAAGUCCCUGAGAAUGUGAUUACAAGUACUGUGGGAACUAUUGAAAAAGAAAUGAUAGAUGGAGCAGUUUUCUUAGACAUGACUGAAAAAGAAAUGAAGGAAAUUUUCACUGAGCUCCGAUUUGGUCCCAUGAAGAAACUUUUAAAGGCAAGAGAUCAGUUUGUGAAAGAUGAAGAUGCUAACAGAUUACAAGAAAUCUGCAAAAACAAGUCUUCCCUCCAAAGAACUGAAUAUGUUCGGGAGUUUGGCCAUGAGCCUUCAGUAUUUGAAAGCUAUCAGAAGGGGAAAAUUCUUAACAAGCAUGAAGAGCGUACUGGUAAUCUUAUCAGCCCAGUUCGGCAGUUUUUCCCUUGUCUCUCAGAGUCUCCUAUGAAUAUCUCUGAAUACAUUGCAGAUAAAGUCACAGAGUUUUCUGCAGCUUGUCUGAAUGACAGAACAAAUGGCACAAUAUACUUUGGAAUUGGAGAUGUAGAUUGUGAACAAUUUGUUUAUGGAGAAGUGGUGGGAAUACUCCUUGAUAAGAAAGAAUGUGAAGAUGCUGUUAGACUGUCAAUCAAGAGAAGAUUCUCUGAGGAAGCUAGUGAAACAGCACUACGUUGCAUCAAACCACCAUUUUUCAUGCAUGUGAGAGAUACUGACUUUGUCAGUGAUGACCACCUGUUUGUCUGUGAGGUGGAUAUAGAGCCCAGAAGUGACUGGGUAAAGGAUCAAGCCUUCUUUAUCAGUUUUCCUUUAUCACCAGUGAUGGCUAAAUCUGAAAAUGCAGAUGAAAAAGGGCCUUUGCUGUAUCGAUUCACUGCUGGCAUUCCAACAAAACAAGAUGCAAAACAAGUAGAGAAAUUUUCUGCGGAAAAAUUGCAGCUGACCAAGGACAGAUGUCAGCAAGAAAAGUCUUUAUCUAGCAUAUCCCGUAAGAAUUUGGUUGAGACUCUGAAGGACUGCAUGUGUGGUGUUGGGGACAAGCUGGAGGGUACGUUUUAUCGAAUACUUGCCACCCCAUCCAUAAAUGUGUCUCAUCCAGACUUCUCACUCAAUUUCCAGUUUAUUUUCAAUGUUGACUGGAGAUGCAUUCUUGACUUUGACCCAAAGAGUGAUGAAAGUGGGCUGUAUGGUUAUGCUGACAAUGACAAAAAACAAGUUUACAGUCUAAAGACACCAGACAGCUUUCUUUCAUCUCCCACUGCUGAUAGCAAUCAGACAAGAACCUGGUAUGAAAAUCAGCUUCAAGAUCUGAUGGAAUCCCCCUACGGACAAUGGAUAUUCUGCAAUGGCUACGCUACAGCAAAAGAUGAGGGGCUUCAAGUUCUUCAGUGGAAGCAGAAAAGAAGUGAAGGUUACAGAGAGACUGUUCGAUUAUUGAAACAAAGCAUCCCAAAGAGAAGAGCUGUCAUUCUCAUUCUGGUCACAUCCCAUGAUGAUGUUUUCAUAGAAGCUUCAGAAGACCUGAUCCUAAAAUUUGAGAACCAGUGGCUAAUGAUUGCUGAAUGCAGAAGGUUGGCAGAUGCAUGGAUUGAUGGUUUGAAGAAAAGGAAUGUAAUUAUUGACAAAGAUAGAUGUAUCUGUGAAUUUUCUUUCUCAGAGGUAAAUAAGGCCAUUGCUCAGCUGUUGGGAGCUGGGGUCACAGCUGAAGGUGUGUGUGUAGUAGCAACCACUUCUGGAACACAGGAAACACUAACCAAACAGAUGCAGCAGGAACUUUGUGAUUUGGAUAUUGUUAGUGUCAAUCAGUGUUGUAAUGCAACUAGCCUCUCUAAAGAAGAAGUUAAUAAACUAAGCAUGGAAACUGAAGAUAAUUUCUACAAAGGUAACACUGCAACCUGGUGGAACUUCCACUUUCAAGGUCAUGUUUGUCAGCGGGACAGGUAUGAACACCUUCUCACUUACACUACAGAAACUCUGAAUGGAGAGUAUGUUCCAGAAAAUGAAAACAUAGGGCGUGUUGCCAUCUACCAUCAGCCUGGAGCAGGGGGCACUACAGUUGCUUUGAAUGUUCUGUGGGAUCUUAAGUCAAAAUAUAAAUGUUGUCGAAUCCAAAGAAUCACUAAAGAUACAGCAAGACAGAUCUUUACUCUAUAUGAGCUUGGGGAACAUCACCAAAACGGCAAAAACCCUGUGCUUGUGAUGGUGGACAAUGAAGAUGACGAUAAAGUCAUUGAUCUAAGGAAAAACAUUGAAGAGGAAUGCGAUGCUAGAGGAAUAAGUGAAAUUAUCUGUGUGUUUUUGUUAUGCAUUCGGAGAAUAAGUGUGCCUCAAGAACAUGAAAAGAAAAAAAUCAUUUUAUUGCAUAAACUUAGCCAGCGUGAAUGCCAUUUUUUCCUGGAUAAGUACAAAAUACUGAUGGAGCGGUAUUCUCACAGUAAAGACAGAGUAAAUCCUGACAGCCUUCUUGGGCUAAACAUAAUGAAGGCAAAUUUCAGUGAAGAUUACAUAAAAAGGACUGUGAAACUGCUGCUUGAAGUGUUUCAGGAUGGAAAAGAGAAGACAGUUUUAAAGUACAUUGCCUUGCUAAACCAUUAUGAUCUUUCUUUUCGAGGUAUUCCAGUCACUUGCUUUGAUCCCCUGAUGGGCCAUAGAUCACAAAAGACAUGGGAGGUGUGUAUGCCAGACCAGCCUCUACUGACAUACACCUACAAUAUGCACCUGUCUGGAAGAACCAAGUGCCUUCGCAUUAGCUGCCAGCUCCUCUGCAAAUACAUAUUAGACAUCAGCUUAGAUGAAGAUAAGUCUCAUGGCGAUUUGAUGGAGGAGCUUCUCUGUGGUCCUGUCAUCCGUCGGCUUCAAACUGAUGUUGCUUACCAGGAGCUUCUUAUUAUCAUCAAAGAAAUUAUGAAGAAAAGAUUCUGGACAGAUGAGCAAACACGCUCAACAUUUUCACCUUUUAUACAGAAUCUAUUUGAGGAAAAAGAAUAUGACCUUGCUACCAUAUGCAUGAAACUUUCAUUUGAACGCACAUUUGACCCUAUGCUUGCUCAACAUCUGGCUCGCUUCUACAUCUGCUGCAAGAACUGGAAGGAAGCUGAAACAUGGGCUGAUAAAGCCAUAGAAAUUUGUCCAAAGAAUUCUUUUUUGUGGGACACCAAAGGGCAAGUUUCAAAAUUCCGUCUGAUAGAAAUACUUAAUGAAUGCGAAGCAAGUCAGAGUUCAGUGACCCCUGAUAAGGUAGAGGAGGCGAUACAAUAUGCACAGCAGGCUUUAGCUCAUUUCAAGCAAGAGCAAAAUCUGUGUACCAAAGAAGCACCUAACAUGGCAGGCUACUUUGGUCAGAUGGACAUAAUUGUUUGUCUUAUAAAGAUCUUGAAAUGCUGCAGCAUCUUUCAUUCAUCAUCAGAACUUCAAAGUUUCUUUUCGAACAGGACAUUUGUACCAGCAGGAAUGAAAAAGCUUGGGAAAGAGGUGGAAUGGUUGAAGUCUUUGCAGGAUCUGGCUUUUCAGUCCCUUAGAUGUGUAGAAGAUUGUGUGGAGCUGUAUUCAGCAUGUGCAGAUGAGCAUAGAGAUUCUGCACAAUCAAGAUUUCUGAAUGAGAGCAACCUGGAUCGCUACAGGACUCUUUUUAACGGUCUUUUUGGGGAAGAUGACUUGUUGACAAUAGACCCACAGAAAAUGGAUCCAGAGAAACGGAGGAGAGCUGUUCGCAAACUUGGAGGAUGCUCCUUAUUUAGCAUCAUGAAAAUGUACAGAGAACAGGAUGGUAGAAAUAAUGUUUUCCGCAUUAACAUGCUAAUGUCCCUGAAUUUAAAGCUUCCAAAGAAGACCAGAUUUGAUUUGAGCAUGGCCCUUGCUUCUGCCACCUGUCUGUGUAGUGAUCUUGAUCAACCAGAUCAACAAAAAUCUUAUCUCACUCAUGUUCUGGAGUGGUCAGCAGAACUGUGUAAAAUGAAGGAAAAGCAGGAGUAUAUAGACCUUGAUCCUUUUGUUUACUUUCUUGUUUUCCACUGGCCAACUCCAAACAGAAAAUAUCUUGAUUGUCAGCCAUCAGAACUAUAUAAUACCAUGAACAAGGCAGUAGAUGCAUUUAAGAAGAAAGUACAACAAAAUCCUGCAUAUCGCAAGAAAAAUGUACCACUCUUCUUUCUCACAAACCUCAGAGAAAAUGAUAGCAUUGUGUCUUAUGAUACACUGGCAGCCUGGGCAGGCACCAGCUUGAGAGGAAUCCGUACAGUAAAGAAGCUUCUGAAGUCCCCACAAGCAAUAAAUUUACUGGAGAGAUUUUCUGGAGUACUAGACAAGACUGGCUGGAAAGUGAGAGUCACACUGGAGAGUCAGCAAGGAAACAAGAUGGACUUGGACAUACCUCUUUUCACAAGAGAGAACAGGCAGACACUGAAGAUGAAGAGGGUGUUUUUUGCUCUUGGCUUUGGCCAUGGAGGGCCUGUUGCAUGUGAUGUGGAUUCCGACCGUCCGCAGCUCAACCUGUUGCAUGGUACCACCCAUCUUCCACUUCCCAGACAUUUUCAGAACCGAUCAUCAGUAGUGGUUUAUGACCAAAGAAUUGAUGAGAUCAUGAAUAAAAUCCACAGCCUUCAAGUAUGUGGGCUACAAAGACAAGCUCAUGUGGAACUUGGGAAGUUGCAGAGAGAACUGCAACACUGGCAGCAUCUCCGCAGCAGACAACAUCUUGAAACACUGUAAGAUUGUUGAAAACAAACAAUAUGAUCCUUGUGUUGAUAUCACCAUCUAGUUCACAAAGCCCAAAAGGAGUUGAACUACACCUCGAAUGUAAAUACUUCACUGUACCUGUACUUUCUGAUUAGUAUGCUAUGUCAUAUUGGAAUCAAACUGGUUAGUGUGAGAUGGUUGGAUUUGGAAUGAUUGAUGUGUACAAUUUAAAAUGUGAGUUGUGAUAUUUACAGUAUUAAUAACCCUUUGAAACCUUGACAGAGUCUUUUAGCAGUCAACAACACAACUAGGGGCUUUGUGAAAAUAUUUUAACCUUUUAGAAAAUAUUUAUGUAAAAUACGUUUUAAAACUAAAUAGUAGGGACCUACAAAACUGAUUAAAUGCUUGAUUUCCUUCCUCAAGCACAAAAGCUUACUUUACAAGGUCACAUUAUCUGUCUAUAAACAUCUUCUCAAAAACAAGGCAGCAGGAUUAUUCAGAGGGUUAAAUAAACUGUCCUUUGAAAUUGUUCUUUUAUAAACAUUUUACAAUACAAAUGUAUAAAUAUAAAAUAUUUUCAUUUUAGGACAUUGCAUACAUGAUUUCAGUAUUAUCCUCUGAAAACCACAUCAGGCUUCUUGUAGUAAACAAGUCAAUUUGCAAAUAUAGAAAAUAUAUAUGUUGCAGAUUUAGCCAUUCUUUUUGGAUUUGAAAAUCUGUCCUUAGUUUUUUUUAAGUGUUAAACACUUUUACAUCAUGUUAGCUUUACCCAGAAAUAUGUAGGUUUUUACAUGCCUGUAAUUAUCUGUAUCAGAUAUAUUCUACAUGUCUUUUUCAAAUGUUUUGUAAUAGUUGAGGAACA